UCCCUUCCUGCUGACCUGAUUACUUCAUAAAAACCAAUAAAAUCCAUAAUCCUGACUCAAAGCUGAAACUGAUAGGGCAUGAAAAGACAACCAACUUUAGAGAACCAGACAGAGGACGAGAGGAGAGCUGGACAUCACUUAGCCCAAACCACUGGUGACAGUAUUUAUUCUGAUGAACACUGAAAGGAGAUCAACUGGAGAAACCUAGACGGAAGAAGAAAAUAAUACAACCUGACUGACGUGCAUGCUAGUAAUAAGAGAGAGACUUAAAUCCUUGAAAGAGAAGCCUUUUUACCAGCUGAGAAUGGGCCAAACAAAAGAUUCUGCAGUGGAGGAGAGACCCAAAUGGGACAACAAGGCUCAGUAUCUGCUAACAUGUAUUGGCUUCGCAGUGGGACUUGGAAACGUGUGGCGGUUUCCCUACCUGUGUCAAAUCUAUGGAGGAGGUGCAUUCCUCAUCCCCUACCUUAUAGCGCUGGUGUUUGAGGGCCUCCCCCUGCUCUACCUGGAGUUGGCUAUAGGACAGAGGCUCCGCUUGGGAAGCGUUGGGGUCUGGAACUCCAUCUCUCCGCUGCUGGGUGGACUCGGUAUUGCCUCCUCCAUUGUUUCAUUGCUGGUGUCCCUUUUCUACAACACCAUCCUAGCCUGGGUGCUCUGGUAUUUCUUUCACUCUUUCCAGAACCCACUGCCCUGGAGCAGCUGUCCACUUAAUGUAAACCGUACAGGCUAUAAUGUGGAGUGUGAGAAAAGCACUCCUGUGGAUUACUUCUGGUACCGUGAGACCCUGAACAUCACAGAUGACAUCGAGAUCAGCGGCUCACUGCAGUGGUGGAUGGUCCUCUGUUUGGUCAGCGCCUGGUUUAUCGUCUACAUCUGCGCUAUCAAAGGCAUCGACUCCAUAGGAAAGGCUGUGUAUGUGACGUCCACAUUCCCUUACCUGGUACUGACUAUUUUCCUGAUCUAUGCCCUCACUCUGCCUGGGGCUACUGACGGACUGGUGUACCUCUUUACCCCUGAAUGGAGCACACUGUUGAACCCACAAGUGUGGCUGGACGCUGCCACCCAGAUCUUCUUCUCUCUUUCUGUAGCUUUCGGAGGUCUCAUAGCUUUCUCCAGCUACAACACAGAGAGAAACAACUGUGAGAGGGAUGCCGUUCUAGUAGGAGUAAUAAACAGUGCCACAUCUCUCUAUGCAUCCAUUCCUGUUUUUUCUAUCCUGGGUUUUAAAGCCAACAACGCCUUCCUCUCCUGUAUAAACGAAAACAUCCUGGCUCUGACCAAUGAGUUCGAGAUGCCUGACCAGAACAUAACAGUGGACAACUAUGAUCACUGGGUCAAUUAUCUAAAUCAGACAUAUCCAGACCAGUUCUCCAAAGUACCCUUAAACGACGGGUGUGACCGACAAAAAUUCCUUGACGAGAGUGUUUCAGGUACUGGUCUGGCUUUUAUUGCAUUCACUGAAGCAGUGAUAGCAAUGCCAGGCUCUCAAGUAUGGGCCAUUCUCUUCUUUGUCAUGCUCUUCAGCUUGGGUCUCUCCUCCAUGUUUGGCAACAUGGAAGGCGUCCUCACACCCAUCAGGGACCUCAAAGUGCUUCCUAAGUGGUUGCCUGAUGAGAUCUUUACAGCGAUUGUCUUCAUAUUGUGUUGUGCUGUGGCCCUCAUCUUCGCCCUGGGCUCAGGGAACUACUGGGUGGAAGUUUUUAACAGCUACGUGGGCUCCGUACCUCUGCUCAUCAUUGCACUCUUUGAGCUUAUAGGAGUCAUUUAUAUCCGUGGAAUGAAAACUUUCAGUGACGACAUCUAUUUCAUGACCGGGAGGAGGCCCAACAUCUUUUGGAAGGCGUGCUGGAUGGUCAUCAGUCCUUUGUUGCUCCUGGUGGUGUUUAUCUUCUACGUGGCCGUCCAAGCACGGAAACACCCCACCUAUCCCGCAUGGAACCCAGAUUAUGUUGAUUUCCCCAAAACUGAAACGAAGUCAUAUCCAGACUGGGUGUUUGCCAUAAUCGUCCUUCUCUGUUCAGUGCCUGUGAUUCCUAUCCCUCUAGUGGCUAUCUACAGACUGAUCCGCCGAAUAAUGAGGAGGUCAUCUCAUCAUGCCGACUCAAACCCCUACAACAAUUACGCCUUUGAGGGUUAAGCACAGGAACAGAACAAUCAAAGAGCUUGAGGAAUGUGGCGAGUUACAAGGUUGCCAUGUUCCUGAACAGAAGAUGUCUUCAUGUUAUCACUACUUGUGUGGAAUGUUCAUCUAAAUUGCAAUACAGAAUUUAAUGAUUCUGAUCUUUUAAUGAUCAGGAAUUUUGAGAACAUGAGGCGGCAUAUGACAAACAAAACUAGAUUCAUUUAACGGUAAGAUUUUUUUUUCCUUCUGACAUUGUUUUUGUGGUGUACAUCAUGUAAAUAAUAUUCAGCAGAGUGAAAAACGCAGCCUUCUUUGAUUCCACAUUUAUAAAAACCACAUAUUUGGACACAAAUGUAGGUUUAACAAGUAUGAGAUCUUAAAUUUCAUCCAUUUUUAAGGAGAAAUAUAUUAUUGUACAAAGAUCAUUUGACUUGUUCACUGUAAUGGUAAUAUUUCUGUGCACUUUUUCAUGUGAUUUAUUUUCUAUGUGAUGCCAUGUUUUCUUUGUGGCAGUUUUCCACUGUGGAAAACUACCACAAAGUGUAAAUCAAAGUUCAAACAGUCAAACAGCUGAGCAAUGAGACCUGCUCUAGUACAGAAGCUCAAUAAUUUUCUAUUAUCCAUCUUUACUGAUCUGGUUGUUGUUGUUUCAUAGGGUGUGUUUAUGACUGGUGUUUAUCACUUAAGUGUUUUAUAUGAGAUGACUCAGACGUUUUUUUGUCAACCAGUUUGUCUGACGCUAUGACAUAUAUUACAUAUUAUGUCUUCGGAAAGCUGACAGAUAAGAUAAACCCAAAUUACUGAUUUCAACACACUGUUCAUCUCACUCAUAUAACCUGAGGAUCAGACAUAAAAGUUUUGUACAAUGUCUUAAUUUUGACAGACAACGCAAACAAAAGUAGAAACAUUAACAUUUUAGGAAAACAGGACUAAAGAAAUACUUAUCCAUACCUUUCAGUUCAUAAUAGUUUUCUUUGGUUGUGUUGGAAACUGUAAUUGUGCCAACUGGUAGUUUUAUGUCUGGAUGGCCAAGAAGUCAACUGAAAUUCUGGGGUUAGCGGCCUGUCGGACCCUGGCCAGCCUCAGAUCCCCGAGACACCGCUCCAGAUGUCGCUUCCCUGUCGAGACGAGACCACAAGAUAAGAUGCUCUUUUUUCUUCUUUAGUGAACUGUAAAAGUUCAUCCACGUGAACUGUAAAAAUCAACUUAAGGUGGCAAUAAACUGACUUGUGUACAUAUAAAA